CCCCGCCGAACACGGAGCAAAAUUAACAUUAGCAUCAUCCCGUGGACGGAUCCAGAUCCUGAUCCCUGUCUCCUCUGUCCCGUCCAAACUCCGAACGCCAGAAAAGCCCUCCUCCAUUCUCGCCGGAACUCCCCUAAGCUCCGGCGAUGGCCACCGCGGACGAGGUCCCCUCCUCCUCCUCCACUACAAGAAGCCGGCCAUCCUCACCUAGAAUCUCAUCACCGCCAUCUUCUCCUUUUGAUCAGCAGAGGCCUCUCUGGCCCCGGAGGAAGAGAGGCGGCGGGGGCGGCGGGAGGAGGCGCCGGAGCCGGAGCUUUGCUGUGUGGAUCGCGAUAGUGGGGUUCUUUGUUCUCAUGAAUUGGUGGAUGUUUUCUCGGUUACAGAAUUAUAGGGUUCAUUCAAAGUCUGAAGAGAUCUCGACUGCAAUUGCUGCUGCGGAUGCGACAUCUUCAGAUAUUCUGCAGGGAGACUCGAUUAAAUACCAAAAAAGUAGAAGGCCUCAUAAACCCAUGUAUACUAGACUGCUGGCGUUGGCAGCCCAUGCCUUGGCAGAGGCAGAGAGCAAACCAGAACCUCGUGAUACAUGGAAAGAGACCUUAACCUCUGCUUCUUCAUGGGUACCUUGUGCUGAUCGCCGUGGCUGGAAAAGUUUUGAUGGAAACAAUGGAUAUAUUCUAGUCAGUGCAAAUGGAGGAAUAAGCCAGCAAAGAGUGGCUAUCUGCAAUGCUGUUGCUAUUUCUCGACUGCUCAAUGCUACUCUUGUUCUUCCAAAAUUUUUGCACAGUAAUGUGUGGAAAGAUGAAAGCCAGUUCAGCGCUAUAUAUCAGGAGGAUCAUUUUAUCAGUGUGUUGAAAGCUGAUAUUCAGAUUGUUAAGGAGCUUCCCGUGGAACUAAGAUCAUUAGACUUAGAGGCAAUUGGCAGUCUUGUGACGGAUAACGAAGUCAUGAAAGAGGCAAAGCCAAGCUUUUACCUGAAAAAGGUUCUGCCCAUAUUACUGAAAAAUAGGGUUGUCCAUUUUACCGGUUUUGGAAAUCGCUUAGCGUUUGACCCCAUUCCGCAUGAGUUGCAGAGGCUUCGAUGCAGAUGCAACUUUCAUGCACUACAAUUUGUUGAAUCAAUACAAAAAGGCGGUGCCUUGCUUAUACAAAGAAUGCGCCGUCAUAGAUCACUUCCAAGAUCCUUGGAGCAGAAUUUGCUAGGUCCAUUUGCAGUAGAGUCAAAUACAAAGGGAGAAAAGGAUAAGUUGACAUCUGCACCCAGAUAUUUAGCUAUGCAUGUCAGGUUUGAAAUUGACAUGGUUGCGUACUCGAUGUGUUAUUUUGGUGGUGGCAAAGAAGAAGAAGAGGAGCUAGAAGCGUACCGAGCUGUUCAUUUUCCGGCAUUAACACUUCUCAAGAAGAGCUCCAGGAUACCUCCUGCUUCUGUAUUACGUUUUGAUGGGAAGUGUCCUCUCACACCUGAAGAAGCAGUGCUUAUGCUCGCUGCUCUUGGUUUCAAGCGCAAGACAAGGGUAUACAUAGCAGGUGCUGACAUUUAUGGAGGGAAAUCAAGAAUGGCUGCAUUGAAAAGCCUAUAUCCUAAAUUGACAACUAAGGAAAGUCUUCUGUCUUCAUCUGAGAUUGAACCAUUCCGUAACUCUUCAUCUCAGCUAGCUGCUUUGGACUUCAUAGUAUGUUCAGCCGCUGAUGUAUUUUCCAUGACUGAUGAUGGGAGUCAAUUCUCAUCCCUAGUUCAAGGCUACCGAAUGUACUAUGGCGAAGGAAAACAUCCAACAAUUCGACCAAAUAAACGAAGGCUGGCCAGCAUAUUUGCAAGGAAUGCAACAAUAGAGUGGAAAUACUUUCAACAGAGCAUAAGAAAGGCAACUAGGCAGAAUAAAAAGGUCGAGAAAAGGCCUGUGGCGAGAAGUAUCUAUAGACAUCCUCGAUGUGUAGAAUGCAUGUGCCAUGUUCAGUAAAGGUGUACAUUCUUGGAACUUAUGUGCAUUUAUUCAGUUGAUUAUAGCAAUUUUGAAGCCAGCCAAAUUUUGACGAACCACAGAGUUCUUGUUUGCUGACAUCACAUCAACUUGGAGUGUAACGGAGGUAGAAAGCCUAUGUGAGUUUAUCGGUAGCAUGUAAUAGCGAUUGUUGUUUUUAACGAGGAUAUUGUAAGUUUUAUCUUAUUAAUUUUUGUCAAUUAUACCCAUAGUUGUUGUAAGGUUAUGAGUUUCUCAUAUUAGCGCACUGUGUUUCUCUGAAGUGGAGGUGUUAAUGUAACAUGUACAAUAGGGGAGAAAUUUGAAUUGAAGAAUGUAUAUGGAUAUUUGAUCCCAAAUAAUUCUAGCAAUGAAAUUUGAAGUGAUAGUUACA